AUGCCCUCUUAUGCUAAAUUCCUCAAGGACAUCAUUUCCAAAAAACGCAAGCUAGAGGAGAGUGUGGUGGAGACUCUGAAUGGGCAAUGUAUCGCUAUUUUGCAGUGCAAGGUUCCUAAGAAACAAGCUGAUCCUGAUACUUUUACUAUCCCACUGAAGUUGGGGAACAAUGUGUCUGCUGUAGCCCUUGCUGAUUUAGGGGCUAGUGUGAGUGUGAUGCCGUUAACACUAUGCAAAAAGAUCAAUGGCGAGAUGAAAGCCACUCGGAUGUCCAUACAAUUCGCCGAUCGAUCUGUGAGAUAUCCAGUUGGCAUUCUUGAGGAUUUCCCCGUCCAAGUUGGUAAUUACUUUGUACCUUGCGAUUUCGUCAUUAUGGAUAUGGAAGAGGAUGCCCGCAUUCCGGUGAUUUUGGGUCGUGAUUUUUUAAAGACUACAACAGCCAUUUUUGAUGUGAAGAAUGAAAGGUUAUCACUUGAGAUUUUGGGAGAACAGCUGCAUUUCCAUCUCCCCUCAUCCAUGGCACAUCCUGCCAUUGGGGAGACUGUCUAUCGGAUAGAUGCCAUAGUUGAUGCUACUACAGAGAGGGAGUCCACACCCUCCAUUGUUGAUCCACUUUAUGCAGCUAUUGAAGGCAACUAUGAUAAGGAUAGGGCCGAUGUAAUUGAGAUGGUCCAAGUUUUAGAUGUUGCACCUACAUUUGUUCCUGCAAAAGCUGAGUUUGAGGACAUCCCACCUUGGAAGGUGUCCACCAUUGAGGAACGAAAGGAGUGUACUACGCCUCCUCAGGUAGAAUUAAAACCCCUUCCCCCUUCUUUGAAGUAUGUUUUUCUGGAGGAUAAUGACACUUACCCUGUUAUUGUCAAUGCUGAACUCAAUAGCACUCAAAUUGAACGAUUGCUCACAGUUCUAAAAAAGUAUAAGUGUUAUUGGGUACACUAUUGA